UACACUGGGGUCUUGUCAGGAGCUGUGCAUGUUGUGGCAUAGGCACAGGUGCCUGGUGGUGAGUAGGUGCCACUCGGGCAAGCUCACGGUGUGCUCACGUCUGCCUGCUGCAGCCACCUUCCCUCGGCACUGCAGAGGGAAGAGAGGCCCAGCUGCAGCCUGGAAAAACCUCAGGACACAGAUUUGUGCUGUCCAAGGGAGGUGUGGGUGAGUGCUGCUGAGUGCCCAGCAAGGGGCUUGAGCCAGCCCAGAUGUGCACAGGCAGGUCCCCUCUGACCCUGCCAGGGCUUGGCCUGCAGCCCUGCAGCCUGAAAAUGAAAUGUGCCAAGUUUCACCUAAACAAGAGGAAGAGAUUUGUUGUGAGGGUGGAACAGGUUGCCCAGUGAGGCUGUAGAGUCUCCUCUGAAAAUACUCAAAAGCCGUCUGAACAGAGCCAUGAGUACCCUGGAAAUGCUACUUCAGCAGGGAUGUUGGACUAGAUGACUUCCACUGGUCCCUUCCAACCUCUCCCAUCCCGGGAUUCUGAUUCUGUGACCUGUGGAGAUGAGGCACAAAGUCCCACCCAGGGGUGACAGGUAAGGCGUGUGCUCCCCUGGGAGGGCCGGUGUGGGUGCACACACGGGGGUGUCCGUGCCAGAGUGUCCCUGUGCCUGUCCGUGCCCGUGAGUGUCCCCGCGUGUCCCCGCGUGUCCCCGAGCCCGGGGCCGUGCAUGUCGGUGCGGCGGUGCUGCGGCACCAUCUCGUGGCCAUCGGGACCGGGCUCCGCGGGCCCGGCAGAGCCGGGGACAUGGCUGUGUACGACCUUGAUAUUGCAAAGGGGAAAGGCUGUUGAAAAUGUGCGGUAGUUUUUAAAUUUGCCAGGAAAAGUGCAAUGAAACGCAGCAAGCAGAAUCUGAGUUUUAUAGGAGCAGGUGCAAAGGGAAGUUUAAAUGCAAUCUGUGCAAUAACCCAUUGGGAAGCAAUGGAUAUCCUGUCAGUUUGCUUCAAAAUGAGCAUCCCACAGGAUACCCUGCACUGGCCAGGAGCUCUGGGUGUCACAUGGGAGGGUCUUUGGCUUGCACUGGGGUGCAGCACACAAUACUAGGGCCAGCAAGGUGUGGAGAUGUGAGGCUGAGCACAGAGCCUGGGUGCUGUAUCUGUCAAACCACAGAGGUUUCACUGUUUAAAAGCAUUAAAAAUGGCUUCAGAACUGCACUUUUAGCUACAUAAGGCAAAUCCUGAGGAAUGAAACAGCUGUCUGUUGUGUCGAUGGGGGUGAUGUUUGUGAAACCGAUGAGUUACCCUGGUGGAGAUAUGGGACCACAGAAACAGACCAUUGCCUGCAAACAGGCUGGCCUGGAGAUCUUCAGCUUUCCCUGGAUGUGAUGAGUCAAGUGGUGCCAGCAGAUAACGCCUGGGGAGUACGUGACUGCGUCCCCUCCAAGGGGUUUCUGCUGUGGCCUCCUGCACUGGGUGCACAGCUCCUCUCCUGGGUCCCGGCCGUCCCUUAUCUCCCCGCACAGACCUGUGUCCUGACCUCAUGUGAAGCCGAGCCCCGUGCCUGGGACGUGGAUAAAGAGCUGGCCAGGUGAUGAGACCCCCAUCCGGUGUCCUCACUCCUGGCUUGGCAUGGCUCGCUCCGCUGGCUGAACUCAUUUGCAAGCGCUCAGCCAAGACAAUGUACCAGCAUAUCCUUUUCCUUUUCCUCCUCUCCUUCAGUCCCCAUAAAUGCCAAGAUCAAAUCCUGGGUGAAGAUCCAUAUGAAAUGCCCAAAGACUACCAGGAGGUCUACAGAGGAACAAAAAAUGAUGUCAAAGAGAUCCCAAAGAUUGCAAAGCCCUUUGUUUCUGAGAUGAUCUUUGUGCAAACCAGCAUCACUGCUAUCAGGAAAGGUGCCUUCAGGUACAUGCCCAACCUAACCAAGAUUUUGUUCAUUGGCAACAAGAUCAAGACUGUUGAACCUGGAUCCUUUGAUAAUUUGGACAAGUUGAGGGAAUUGGACAUCUCUGGUGCCUCAUUAGAAAAACUAUCUGUGGGCACUUUCCAAAACCUCCCAAGUUUACAGAGGCUGGAGCUGAGAGACAGCCAGCUCAGAUCCAUCCCCAAAGGCCUGUUUGAUGGGCUGGAAAGUUUGGGAGAGCUCUCCCUGCACAUCAAUGCAAUCCCUUCUCUUCCAGAAGGCAUUUUUGAUUCUCUUGUCAAUCUAACUUUUUUGGACCUGUCUAGAAACAGGAUCACAGCUCUUCCUGGGAAUGCCUUUAGCAAACUCACCCAGCUGCAAGUCCUCCGGCUGUAUGAGAAUGAGUUGCAGGACCUCCCAGAGGGACUGCUGGACAGUCAGCUGGAGCUGCUGGAGCUCAGCCUCCAGAGGAACAGGCUCAGGGCACUGCCACCCAUGCUUCUGAGGAGCCUGCCUCACCUGGAGAAACUCUUCUUGGACAACAACCUCAUCAGGGUUCUCCCAGCUCAGGGCUUUUUUGGUUUAAACAAACUGAAGUUGCUGACUCUGGGCUCAAACCAUAUUAUGGAGCUCCCCUGCUGCCUUUUUGACACCAUGCCACACUUGCGGGAGCUGGAUCUGGGCAGGAACAGUUUGGCCACACUUCCAGAUGGUGUCUUUGUCAAUCUCACAUCCCUUGGCAAACUCAUCUUGUCCCACAACCAGCUAUCUGCCCUGCCAAGAGGAGUCUUCAGAGGGCUCAGCAAGCUCUUGGACCUCCAGCUGGACACAAAUCAGCUCUCUGCUCUGGAUGAAGAGGUCUUUGCUUCUCUCCCAAAUCUGAAAACCCUCAACCUUCGAAAGAACCAGCUGGAGAGUGUUCCCCAAGGGCUCCUAGACCCUCUGAAGAAGCUCAGCUCAGUGUAUCUGAGUGGUAACCCAUGGAGAUGUGACUGCAACCUCUGCUACCUGCACCGCUGGAUCCUGCACAACAGGGAGAAGGUCAAAUUGUCCACCCAAGUCUCCUGCAAGAGCCCACCCCACCUGGCAGGGCAAGAAGUAACAUUGCUGAGGGAUGAACACCUGAUUUGCCCAGGCACUCUGCCCUUUAACUCCACACCAUCACAAAGGACAUCAACGUUCUUGUCACAUGGAGCUGUGUCCACAGCAGCACCAACCAUGCUGUCAUUGGCAUCCUUUCCCAUCAGGACACUGCCAACUACUCUUUCACCUGUGGUCACUUCUGCUGUGUUGCCAACCAUGCCAAUGGAAGUUGCCUUCACCACUCUGUCACCAACCAAGCCACCUAAGGCCUUUGUCACCACCCCACCACCAGCUGUGCUGCAGAAGACCUUCGGUGCCAGCCAAUCAAUAACCAAUAAGCCCGAGGCCUCCAUCACCACACCAUCAACAACCAGUGUGCCCAGAUCCUUCAUCACCACACCAUCACCAACUGUGCUACCAAAAGCCUUCACCAGCACCUCAUCUCCAGCUGUGCUGCCAGAGACCUCCACUGCCACACCAUCACCAUCAGCUGAGAUGCCCAAGGCUUCCAUCACCACUCCAUCAUCAGCUUUUUCAACUUCAGCCAUUGUAAGGCUACAGUCUCCUGGGGCCACCCACCCAGACCCUGUGCCACCCGCUCUAGCUGCUGCCACCACACAGGUGCCAACAAGCCCACUGGCAGCCACCACCAGACAAGAGCCUCCUGCUCUCUCAGUGCCCAGGGAGAAGCCAGUCACCAUCCCACAGGGAACACCCAUAGCCCCCCUUGUCUCAGCUACCUCCGUGGCACUCUGGCCAUCCCCCAGGACUGCUGCUCUGGGCACAGUCCCACUGGCCUCACAUUCGCCAUCGCACCGUGCUCCUGCACCAGGCAGGGAAUGGGGCUAUUCCACCACGUGUGACCUGUCCACAGCUGGUGCCCAGCCCACCCCCACUGCCCCCCAACACGCUCCUGCUCCGGCAGGCACUGUCCUGCUCCCAACACCUCCCGUCCCCACACUAUCAGACAGCACGAGCCCCUGCCCAGCCUCUCCACCCCUGGUCCCCAGCAGCCAUCGUGCCUGGGGCUCAUCCCUAUGGGCCAGCCCAUGGCAAUGCCAGGUGUCCCUUGCCUUGGGGGUGGCCGUGCUGGCACUGCAGGCAGCCUGCACACUGCUGGGGGGGGUGGUCGCCCUCCUUCUUCACCAGGACACCCGCCACCAGCCCGGGCCACCUGUGCGGCUGCUGAGCCUUCAGGCGCUGGCUGCUCCGGGGACCCCUGAGCCGGCCCCGGCACCACCUUGAGCUUUGCUGUCCCUGUAUGUCCUGUGCUGUGCCAGUUGUCCUCCUUUGGGGUCUGCAGCCGUGCUGGCCGCAGGAUGCGCUGUCCCUGGGAUGGGGGUCCCGGCACCCAGGCCGAUCCCAGUGCAGGGGCUCCCCGCAGCCGGGCUGGUCUGGGAUGACUCCUGGCGAUGCUGGGAGCCUGCAAGCCUAUGCGCGGUGUCCCUGCCUGACGGCCCUUCUGCCAAGGGACACUAGAUGGCAUCCCGACACCGGCAGUGGCUGCCACCGCCUGACCGCGGCCACCGAAACGCCGGAGUCCCCGCACCGCGGACAUGGCCGCUUCUUGGCCAUGGUCAGGAGCCCCUGCCCGAAUCUCCUCCCAUCCCUGGAAGGUGCUCGCAGACCUUGGGGAAAGAUAUCACAAGACUUCCUGCCCUGCAUCCCGUUCUCUUCUCUGUGCCGCGUUACAGGAUGUGGCAGUGUCUGUGCCACCAUCAUACACAGGUCUCUUCCCCUCUCCCUCUCCCUUUCCUCCUCCCUGAUAUUAAAGCCUCCUCUGCAUGUCUGAUGGGCUGGUGAAAAGACUGUUUUCAUCCUGGGGCUUUUCUUGCCAUGACCUGCUGUGGGGGAUUCCUGUUGCUUGCUGGAGUGUGGGGUCUCCACUGAGUGCUGGGGUAGGACCAGGGCCAACUGGCACUGUGAGACAAUAGAUAAGCUUUUCUUCCCACUCCUAAAUCUCAUGUCCCCCAAAACCCCCUUGUGGUGCUGCCCAGCCCAUCUGGAAGAGUGAUGUUUCAACAUGGCUGGCCAUGUGCUUCUUUACCACAAGCUCAGCUGGUGCUGAGCCCUGGCUGCAGGAUGGGAACAGGUCUCUUGGGAAACUCGGGAGGAAGGGUUGGUGAGAGCCUUCACCUCGGCAGUCCUGGGCUCCUGCCAGGCCCAGGGAAGUGCCAAACUUAAACAGAAGUGGCUGUUCCUCUGUGGUUCCUGCCAUCACAGAAAGUGUUGAAACCUUUCCUGGGAAGCUUUAUUCCAGGAGAAUUUGAGCCGAUGAACACAGGGGUUGUUCCCUUGAUUCGGGUCUCUAGGUACCUUUUUUUUUAGCUUUAGCUUCAGUGUUGAUUUUGCCCUGUGCACAGUAAGCUGCUCCCAAAUUUGAUCACAGUUUCUGCAGGGUUGCAGGUGUCUGUCUUCAACUCCUUGCCAUUGCUGCUGGUGCCUGCUCCAUCUUGUCCUGCCUUUGGCUGCCCUUCCCCACUUGUGUGGCAUGGGGGCUGCCUGGCAUGGAGGUGUCCAGGGAAAGAGUCCCAGAAAAGCAAUAGUUUGGACAUGUGUGUUUCACAAGAAAAAGUGGGAAAGCAACUCGGAAACCUCCUGGCCAGUGAGCCCUGAGCACCCCAGUUCCCCUGCCUGGUGCAAGACCAGGGGAGGGGGAAGGGGCUUUGUGCCAGACUGUGUGCCUGCAGCUAUGCAUUAGGGACCUGGAUAUACAUCCUUGCUGAGAACCUGUGCAGUGUUACAGGCCCUUCAGCUGCUCCUUGAAGUCCUGCUGACGGCUGUGAAAUACGGGAGGCGAGCGUGGGGCAGCACAUCUGGGCGGGAUGGAGCGAGCAGCUCCGGGGCCAGGGCUGGCACAGCAGGUAAUGAGAUACAGAUGAGGGGGAUGGAGUGUUUUUUCUGGCGAUCCAGAUGGACUCGGUUUAAUACUUGAUUUAGAGGGUUUGAAAGCGGGGCCCGGCUGCUGGGGAACAGACCCCAAGCACUUCCCAAGGUGGUGGUGGCGGGGGUCUCUGCUGGCUUUUCAAAUAUUUAAUGGCCCAGCACAGUCUAAACAUGGAAGUACUUCGGGGUGAGAUUAGCACAACAUAAUCACAUCUUAAAAGGUCUUCAGAGACACAAGGCACGUCCGCUCUCAUAUUAAUUACUGGUUAUUAAUAAAGCUGGGGUCAGGCAUGAGGUGUUCACUCCGGAGCGUGCUGGUUCCCUCUUUGCAGUAUCUGAACGCAACCCAAAGCCCUGCAGCCUCCACCUGUGCCCAUCCGGCUCUGGAAGCCAAAUGGCUGACAUUCCUACAGCUGCUUUUAAAACUAAUUUGCCCCAUAAUACCCCGAAAAGGCCACAUCUCUCUAAGUGGCCAGAACACCUCUAAGUGCUUCAGAGUGCUGUAAAAUAAUAACAGCCAAGGGUGUUCUCAGCACGGGAAUUUCCUGCUAUGAUCGAUUUGUAAUUUGCAAUGAAAAUACAGAGUGCAUGUUCCCAGGGCCAGGCUGGUGCAGCUGGCUCACAGGGAAGAGUCAGCUCCCUCCACCACUUCAGGGCCAGCCCUUGGAGGGUUACGGCUGGGCUGGGAGGAAUUAGCAGCUGUUCCCAUUUGCCCCUGUUGGCCCCAGUGUACUCCAGGAAGGAAGGAGCUUAGAGGGAUGCAGGGUGUCCUGGGGGUGAUGUGCCUGAGCAGCCUGUGGGGCAGCACCCUGGGGUUUCCUGCUUGCUGAGCAAGAGCUGCCAGAGAGCACAUGGAGAUGGGGCAGAGCAUGGGCAUCUGCACCAGGGAGAUCAGUGUUUGCUGAUUCGGGGCUACAGCUCGCUGCAAUGAAGGUGUGUGGCUGGGGCAGGUGCUGUGGAGUGCAGAGUCCCUGGCACACCUUCUCCACUCUGGGCUGUGGGCAGCCCAGGCAUCCCUUUGCAGCACACCACUGCACUGGGUAGUGGUCAGUAGUUUUUAACCUGUGAAUUUCUCUGGUUUCUCUGAACUCAGGUAAAAUGCACAGCACCAUGUGGUGAGGAGUGCCCAGGAUUGCCCAUGCACUGAACGAGGCAUCACCUCGCUUUGCUCUUCCUCUGCUUGCUGCUCCUUGCACAGGAUGCCCCUGGUUCUUGUUUUGGAAAAAAAACAGUUGAGUAUCCCCAUGUGGCAUCUCCAGGCUGCUCAUGACACUCUACACCUCUUCCCAGUUGCUGUGACUGCCUGACAACCUCACAGCCUCAGGUGACCAACAGUUAGAAGCAGAGACAGGAGACAUUCAUGUGUGUCCCUGAGUGGUGCUGGGACCAGGGGACUCCAGCAUGGCCUGGGAGUCCUGCAGCUGCUGCUGGCUCUCUCCCUGCCCUGUGCAGGUGAGACGUGGCUCCCACAGCACUGUCACAUGCUGCAGCACUGACCUGUAACCCUCUGCAUGUCAGCCCUGCCAGGAGCCACCCAUGCUGUGGGUGUGGUCUGUCCUGUCCCUGCCACCUGCUUCAGUUCCCUUUCCUGUCCCUGGGGAAUGGGCAGGAAGGGGCUCACAAGCAAAACUCUUUCUUGUGGUUCAUGGGGAGGGGGGCAAUGAACACCUGCAUGAGGGGGAUUUGCACUAUAACCCACACGAGGAGCAAGCCUGGGCUAUGGUGGGCAAGUCUCACUGCUGGCUUGUGAUGGGAUCCCAGCUCGUGGCCGUGCUGCCACACUCAGCAUCCCUCUCCACACCCACUCACAGUACCCAUCCAGCCACGUCAGGCUGCCUCUUGCAGGAAGCCCAGUGAGACACAUGGGGCAAGAGCUGAACUGGGACAUUCCUUCAUUGCUUUGCCCUUGGCAUCUCCCAACCCUGCUGCAGCAGGGGCCUGACUUCCCCAGGAGCAGCGAGAGGCCACACAGCAGGAGGGAUGAGGCUCAAGCAGAUGUGGGGCUGACACCCCUGGCAUUCUCAUCCUGUCUGCCUCAUACCUUGGGCUGUCCAGGCUUUUAUUCAGGGUUUGGGCAGGGCAUGAGAGCAAGGGCAAGAAAAACAAGCUGUUGCAUCCUCCCUUGGGCAGCGAGAGAGCCCGGAGGGGCGGAAGUUCCUGUUUGUUUAAGGUGCAAACAAGUGCUGUUAAUCUGCUGCCUGUUUGUAUUUCUUUAGAGCUCCUGAGUGUGGGGGGAGCGGAGCUGGGGUCUCCCCUUUGUGCGGGGGCAGGGUCAGGCUAUUGGAAGUGGAGGUGAGAAAACACAGAGGGGCAGCUGGAACCUGCUUUGGGAGGGAAAGAUUUUUUUCGGCUAUUUAUGAUAAUUAGUGGGAAACGUUCCUCAAGCGUUUCAGAUGAUUCUGUAAUGAAGUUGGGUCGAAUGUUUCCACUUUGUUCCCCUGGAACCAUUAAAAAUCCCCCUUCUUUGGCUGCCUUAAUUCAAUGCUGAAAAGGCACAAUGGCAUAAAAGUGGCUCUGGGCAGGGCGGCACGCCUCCCGCCCCUCCAGAUAGAGCCCUUCAGAGCCCAGAUUUUCUGGGUUAUAAACCUCAGCACUUGUAAUGUUUGUGCAGAAGCUGCUGUGGAUCCUGUGUCCAGAGCUCCUUCGCAUCCCUGCUGCCAGUCUGUGUGUGAGCACCACUGAGACUGGUGUGCUCAGAGGGAGCAAAGGCCAGCACCAGCACAGCAGGGUGACAAAGAGCAGCCACAGACAGAGAUGCCAUCACUCCACUGUUACAGAAAAGCUAUUUUCUGCCCGUGGUUGUGCUGCGAGCUUGCUGGGGUGAAAUGCUGCACUGGGAGAGGAUCAGGCUCCAUUCAGGGGGAAAUGGGGGGGUCCAGACCAAAGGAAAGUCCUGCUGAGCCAGUGCUGUUCUAGGCCAGAUCCUGCCCUGCCUGCUGGGCCAGGGAGCACCCAGGCACCAGCACAGAGCAAGGGGCCUGAAAUCCAGCCAUGACCUUCCAGGUGAAUCAUGAGCAGUCUGCAAGAGCUGGCUCAGUCUCCUCUUGCUUUUAUCGGUGGAAGGCUUUUCCAGCAUAUGUGAUGAAAAGAAAAUCCACCUGCCUGAUCUCACACAUCUAUCAGCACUAUUUCCCCAGGGAUGAUGUGUAAAGCUAAUGGGAGCUCUCCUGCUAAAGCUGUGAUAAAAAGAGAAAAUGGCAAGAGCUUUUAGCAUACUGGUGGGGGCUGAAUGUGAUGGAUUUUGGCCUCCCCAUCAAUAUUCUCAUGUGGAUUCCAGUCGAGCUCAAUGUCCUAGACUGAGCACGGGGCUGCAGCAGGUGGGGGGGAGCUGCUCCCCUCCUGCUCCUCUUUUGGCUGGGCAAGGGCAGCUGGGGAGUGCUUGGACACCCAGUGUGGGCAUCCAGCAUUGGUACAGUCCUGCAGCUCUGUGGGGCAGGACGGAGCCAUGCCUGCUGGCCCGGCAGCUUCCCUCCCUAACCACAGGCAGUGUCUUUCAGGUAGUGACUGCAAACUGGGAGCACAUCAUCCUUAAUGCCCACCCCCUGCCCCAUGGCUGAAGCCAGCACACCCCACUAAGGUACUAAAUCAUCCAGCUGUGGAGGAGAGGCUCCCCAGGAGCUGCCCCAUCCCUCUGCCUUGCCUGCCCCUCCCAUAAUCAAGAAGUCAUAUCAGUCCCCUUUACUCCUUUCAAUGGAGAAAAAUUUGCAAACAAAUUCCUGCCAGCAGGACAUUCAAGCUCUCCUGCAUGGUGGGAUAAAGUAACCUGUCACCUCUGCCCUGUCCCCAACACCAGCUGGUGCUGGGAGCACGGCUGGGGAGCUCCAUGCUCUCCACAGGGCUGGUGACUCCAGGCAGAGUGGGGAUGGUCUGGGAGGGCUCUCAGGAAGAGCAGAAGGGCUUCAGUUUUCCCUGACAUAAUGCAUGGCCUGCAGUGAUGGGGUGACACAGUGAGCCCUGCUGUGAAUUAGCUGGAGUCCUUACCUCGGGUUUCUGUUAGGGCAGGUCCUGAAGCACCACUUGAAUUAUGAUACUUCUGACAGUCCCCAUGUCUGUACCGCCGAUCUUUUUUGUGGAAAAAUCUCAAUAUACACAGUAGAUUUUCUGUGGGAGCUGAGGUACUGGCACUGAGAUGAGUAUCUGGAUGGUGUAUGCCUGCAGGCAAGGGUAGCAGGUCCUGGGCAAACCGCAGUGUGCUCAGGGAUGGGGGUUUCAGUGCAGGUUGCUGCCUGCACCAUGCUUUAAGCCUCCACACACAAAUGGCUCUCUUGGCAAAGUUUGCAGUGGGAAACCAGCUAUCUCGGUGUAUAGAAGUGAUGAUAUGAAGCCUCAUGAAAUGUGGCAAGCCUGUGGCUUCCUGAGCUCACCACAGCUCUGGCCAACUCUGACAAGUGUGUUUGAUGGACCAAGUACCUCUGGUACCACCCUGCCAGCACAUCUCCACCCCUUCCCCCUGCUCCCCCCCCAGGUCCGGCGAUUGCUUUCCAAUGAAUUAUUUACAUAAGUUCUCAGCAGCGGCUGGAGACAAAACCUCAGGUACGGAGCAGCAGCAUGCUCCUGACCUUUCCCACCGCCGGACAAACGGAGCCAGCAGCACGAGGCGGGCACACAAAGGCGCUGUGCCGGCCGGAGCGCUGACCCCGCUGUGCCACAGCUACCUGCUGCUCUGCCACAAUGGCCCCGCGCCCCGGCCGGCCUGCCGGGGCGAUGAAAAAGGGCCCGAGAUAAUAAUGAGCCUGACUACCACUGCUCUCUUCAGAGAACUGAGUCAACUCCUUGGGAAGAAAGGGGGAAAAAAAAAAAAAAAGAGGCAGAAAAAAAAAAGAAAAAGAAAAACCCUUCU